AUGGCCUCUGGGCGCAUCAUCUUCUACGAGGACAGGAACUUCCAGGGUCGCUCCUAUGAGUGCAUGAGCGACUGUUCCGACAUGACGUCCUACCUCAGUCGUUGCAACUCCAUCAGGGUGGAGAGUGGCUGCUUCAUGAUCUACGAUGGUACUGACUUCAUGGGCAACCAGUUCUUCAUGAGGAGGGGCGAGUAUCCCGACAGCCAGAGGCUGAUGGGUAUGGGAAUGAUGAGCGACUUCAUCCGCUCCUGCCGUAUGAUCCCCCCUUACAGAGGAUCUUACAGAAUGAGGAUCUACGAGAAGGAGAACUUCGCCGGUCAGAUGUCUGAGCUGAUGGAGGACUGUGAAUCCAUCAUGGAUCGCUUCCGCAUGUCUGACUGCCAGUCCUGCAAUGUGAUGGAUGGCCACUGGCUCAUGUAUGAGCAGCCCCACUUCAGAGGCAGGAUGAUGUACAUGAUGCCAGGGGAGCACAGGAGCUUCAGGGACAUGGGCACAACCAUGAGAAUUAGCUCCAUCAAACGCAUCACCGAUUACUGUUAA